AUGAAACGAAAACUACCAGUAACCAACCACCAGGAGGCGCUCCGGGGUCCAUCUGCCAUGAUGGGAUCAGGACUGGAGCCAAGGACACGAGGCCAGGCCAGGAUUAUGGCACGUCCUGGACAAACGGCUCUACUACCGUGUCGCUGUCCUGAAGCUGUCUCCAUCCUGAUGAUGAAGGUGGUCAAAGAGGAUGCCGGCAACUGCUUCUUCUACCGUGAGGGCCAGCCCCGAGAUUUGUACCAGCUUCCCAGUUGUAAAGACCGAGUUGGUCUGAAAGACCCACGGAUGGAGAACGGAGAGGUUUCAGUGUUUCUGAGGAACGUCUCACUCAGCGACACCGGGACGUAUAAGUGUGUUGUUGGAUACGAGGUGGCAGGACGGCAAUAAGACAAAAACCUUCACACAUUCCAACCAGCUGACAGUUAAGGGUGAGUUCAGUUUAGAAACGUACAGUUAUAACCCCCCCAGAACCAGAGGCCUCUGCAGGACUCAGUCUGCGUGUGAUACCUGAGUGAAUAUUUGAUUUUAACCAGAAGUACCAGACCUGUUCAUUCAGCGCUGUUUGAGCUGGGAGGGCUCACGUCAGCCCCUUGUCCAUCCU